UUUACUCACUCGGUCUUCAUUCUACGAACGACGUUUGAAUGUGGCGUCACAGUGUGUAGCCAAUCAGAGUAGCUUCUGAUUGAGGUCCCGUAUAACACAUCACGUGACGUCCGACUCGAGUGCAAGUGCCGUCCUUCUGAUGAUGAUGAUGAUGAUGAUGCGAUGACGAGUAGUGAAGCACAAAAGUCUGUGCUUGAAGGGAAUGGAAUGUGUCUUUACGCGUGGGGUGCAAACAGUUACAGCCAAUUGUGCCUUCAACAUAAACAUGAUGAGACAGUGCCCACACAAUGUGUCAUACCACAUGAACUAUUCAAUCUUGAAUCAAUCAGUCAAAUUACAGGAGGUGCAGGACACACAGUUAUAGUGACAGGUGACGGGUGUGUGUUUGUUGCUGGUUGGAAUCGAGACGGUCAGUUGGGUUUGGGCUACUGUGGAGGUGACGACGUUGUGAUGCUGACACGUGUUCCUUGUGUUAUGAAAGUACGGAGUGUCACAUGUGGAUGGAAUCACACACUGGCAAUUAUGGACAAUGGAGAUGUCUUGGCGUGGGGCAGCAAUUGUUAUGGUCAACUAGGCAUUGACGUGCCAAACAAGCAAUGCAGCGUACCAACAAAAGUUGCUAAUUUGCCAGCAUGUGGAACAAUUGCUGCUGCAGCAGGUGUGAGACAUUCUCUAGCAAUAGCAGAUGAUGGUACACUGUGGGCUUGGGGGAAUAACAAGAGACAACAGCUGGGAAUGGACACAGGCAGAGAAACUAAACAAGCAUUACCAACACAAGUGAUGUUUCCAUCUGGAGUUUUUCUGAAACAAGUUUCUGCCGGUUUUUACCAUUCUGUUGCUGUGUCUGACGAUGGUAGGCUAUUUGCAUGGGGCUGCAAUCGUCAUGGACAAUGUGGCAUUUGUCAACCAUCUGAUAUCGUUAGUAGAGAAAGUCAGUCAAAGUCAAGUUGUUGUAGAGCUGUUGCUGGGGCUGCUAGUCAGUCCGAGAGGGCUCAGAAUGUUGUCAGUGUGCCUACUGAGAUUUGUGGUUCUAUACAACAAGUUUGUGUGACGGAAGUUUAUUGUGGAUGGAGCCAUUCGUUUGCUGUCUCAAAUGAGAGGAGGGUGUUUGCUUGGGGUAGAGCUGAUUAUGGUCAAUUGGGAGUAACAUUUGAAGACUUACCUUCGACCAUUUGUACGCCAACUGAAGUGGAGUGUUUGAAAGGAGUCCAAAAAAUGUGUUGCGGAUCAGAGCACAAUUUAGCUGUGAUGAAUGACAGUCGUCUUGUCAGUUGGGGUUGGAAUGAACAUGGAAUGUGUGGUACUGGUGAUGCUAUCAACCGCAACUCUCCUUCUCCAGUCACUAUCACAGAGACUGAUGUCAAGUCUUACAGAACACUGGCAAUAGGCUGUGGAGCUGGACACUCGUUGGCAUUACUUAGUCAUACUACUACACAACAUCACAAACUUUAAUUAAUUUUUCCUUUAAAAUUUUUAAAAUCCAAAUAUUGAUUAAUUUA